GCCGGGUUUCUCUCUCCACGCGCCUUAGAGGAGCGCGGGAUAUAAAGACCGAGAGAGAGAGAGAAAGAGAGAGAAAGAGAGAGAGAGAGAGAAAUAAAGCUCUAACCCGGUUUGUUGUUGUUUUUCCUCUUUUCUUUUUCUCCGAGAGGGAACUAACGGCUCUCACUUGCAGCCUGAAGCUUGACCACAGCGUGACCAUGACGGCGCUGCGCCCUGCGUAAAAACCGCGCUCCGGUGCGUCCCCCCCCCCCCCCGGUUGUUCUCGUGGUGAUGGGCUCCCCAGGCUCGUUUUCCCCCGCGCUGAGGCUCCUACUCGCCCUGUAAAGCGGAUACCAGGUGGGAUCUAUGGUCCUCACAGCCGGAGGGACACGAGAGGAAGUUUGAGAGCAGAGGGAGGAUGCGGGCUGCGUGCUGGUGCGCCGUGUUUCUUCUCACACCAGCGCUCUGUCUGGUUUCAAGCGUUCAUGGUUCCAUCCCGGGGAAAUCAGAUUUACUCAAGUCAGGAAGUCCCAAAUCAACAUUAAAGCACAUAUGGACAGAAAGCAGUAAGGACUUGUCCAUCAGUCGGCUGCUGUCACAGACUCUACACGGGAAGGAGAAUGCCACAGCCCUGGACCUGCGCUAUGACACACCAGAGCCCUAUUCGGAGCAGGACCUUUGGGACUGGCUGAGGAAUACCACUGACCUGCAGGACUCCCGGCCCAGGGCCAAGCGGCGGCCCAUGGUCAAGACAGGCAAGUUCAAGAAAAUGUUCGGAUGGGGAGACUUCCACUCCAACAUCAAGACGGUUAAGCUCAACCUUCUCAUCACUGGCAAAAUAGUUGACCACGGCAAUGGCACCUUCAGCGUCUACUUUCGGCACAAUUCCACAGGCCAGGGGAACGUGUCCGUCAGUCUGGUCCCGCCCACCAAGAUUGUGGAGUUCGAUUUGACGGCCCAGCAGUCCGUCAUCGACGCCAAGGACUCCAAGUCCUUCAACUGUCGCAUCGAAUACGAGAAAGUGGAGAAGGGCUCAAAGAACACGCUCUGCAACUUCGACCCAUCCAAGACAUGCUUCCAGGAGCAGACACAGAGCCAUGUCUCUUGGCUCUGCUCAAAGCCCUUCAAAGUCAUCUGCAUCUACAUCUCCUUCUACAGCACCGACUACAAGCUGGUGCAGAAAGUCUGCCCAGACUAUAAUUACCACAGCGACACUCCCUACUUCCCCUCUGGCUGAAGCCUGCCGCUUAUGCCCCCCAUGUGAAGGACAGCAGAGGCAGAGAUGGGGCUCUCUUCCCAAGUACAACAGAUAUGUGUUUCUUGUACUGUCCCAAACAUGCCUACCUAAAUUGACCCAAGAUCUGCUGAAAUGUUUAAAACUCAAUUUUCUGUGCAAAUAUCUUACAAAAAAAUGAUCAUUCGGAGGGUGAGGUUAUAUGCUGCUGUGUUUUUAAGUUUAAGGUGUCAAGUCUGGUUAUUAUUUUAGAUUAGUUUAUUUGUACUUGUUACUGUUUUAGGUGGUUUAAUUAAUGAAAUGUUGCAUAGAUUACUGUGUCUGAUCACAGUUGUAGGGCUAGCAGAUCCUGGCAACUGCCAGCUAUGUUUCUAUUUCAUCAUUAUUAUUAUUAUUAUUUACAAACUUGUGAAAUAUUUUAAUUUCUGUGUACUUUUGUUUCUAAAUAUCCUCGUACAAGUGUUUAUUUCGUAAACACACAUUCAUUGAAAUUAUUUGAUUAGCCAUUUGUUAGUUGUUUUUCUUAACCCCAUUGACAAUAUGCGAUGACAGUAAAUUCUGCCAACAGUUCACCACAGCAGUGGUGUGGCAGGGAUGGACGUUUGUGGUCUGAAAGAAAUCGGUUGUACAAUAUCCUAAAGAAAUUUCCCUUAUCCAUCCCUGAGGUCCUUGAGAACUCCCAAGCUUUGCUGAAUUCUCCCCUCUGGAGCCAGACGCCUGCCUGAGACAACCCAAAAAGGACAACCCAAAAAUGUGUUGGCACAUUUGUGUAUGAGGAAGUGGCUACUUUGGGAGAUGAACACGCCUUGACUAGGGGCAUGUUUUCUACCUUUCAAAAAAAAAACAAAACAAAAAAAAAAAAAAACCAGUUGUUCCUCAGCUGUCCCAGCUA